UUCCGAGGGGUCUGCCGUCCCGAGUAAUUCAAUUCAAUUGCCCGACGCUCACCUAUCAGUGCCCACUAAUGAUAAAAAUCUAGCCCACAAUGUCCGAGCAAUUCAACGCCGCCGCCGAGAAGGUCAAGUCCCUGACCAAGCGCCCCAGCGAUGACGAGUUCCUGGAGCUGUACGCCCUCUUCAAGCAGGGCACCGUGGGCGACAACAACACCCCCAAGCCCGGCCUCCUCGACCUGAAGGGCAAGGCCAAGUGGGAGGCCUGGAACAAGCAGAAGGGCAAGAGCAGCGAAGCCGCCCAGACGGAGUACAUCGCCUUCGUGGAGGGCCUCGUGGCCAAGUACGCUUAAGGCCCCAAUCAUCGAUCUUAAAACAAGCUAGAGACUAUAAUCUAUAAACUUUAAUAUUAUCUUUUAUGCGGAAUAAAAUUUGUAUGUAAA